GCGUUGCGUGCAUAGCGCAUCAAAAGGCAAGUAACUCUCUGAAUUGAACACGGAACUCGGAAGUGCAUGAAUCUUUGGCGUCAUUUUCACUUGUUGUUCAGUCAUAAAACUGCUCACCAUUUUGUUAUCAUUUCGUCGGCAAAAUGAAGUAUUAUUGGAUCACAGUGCUGGUAGAAUUCGCGAUUCUUGGAUCAGUUCUGUCGUACGGGGAAGACUGUCGGAAUUCCGCAGACCAUUUACAGAUCAUCGCGGAUGAGUUCACACUCUACAAUGUCUCUACGUCUCGCCCAAACUUCAUCUGCACCAACAUGAGCCUUCCCAGUAUGAACACGACCUACUCCUCCGUCCUCAUACAGUACCACGUAUGGAACUCCAAUCUGACUGCAUCGCUGUACUACACGCCCCGCCGGGAAUACGCCAUCAGGGGCGAUCACAUCGGUCUCCUAUGGCGAAUGAACAGUUACCAGCAAGACGUGCAGAGUUACGUGGCGCUGACGGAGCCUAAUAUGACGGCAACGGAAGCCUUGAUUUUAUACACGCCUCUGAACAGUUCAGUGCCUGUCCCAGGAUCAUGCAACAUGGAGACCAACCCGGAAUUAAAUCCCAACCUUAAUAUUCAUUAUCAAGUUGAGAACGUCCUCAUCAAUGUCACGUUCUCGCUGGCAAACGUGGGCUUUGACAAGAACCCGCCUGACUGCGACUCAUCCGCUCCCAAACGCAGCGUGCUUCGCUACGACUUCUACAUCAUGUUCAUCCCAUGGAACAUGUAUUCCAAGGACUCCCUCUUUGGCGAGUUGAAGAAGAUGAUGACCGUCGAAGGCAUCAUGAAACAUGGCCGUAAGAUUCAUAUGUUUGGGAAGAACGAUAAGCUGGAGCUGAGGUUGGCGAUGUUUAACGGCCGUGGGGUCAUCCUGAACACGAUAGUGAGAAAUUCAAUAACCGGAGCCAUGUCGCCGUACAUACCCAGAGUCACGUAUGCCUGUGGGAACAGCCAUGGGAGUUUGUGCUAUGGUCGGGUUCAACCUUUAUAUGGAAUAGUUUUUGCUGCGGCUAUGAUCAUAGGAGCGGUGAUGUGCUUCACAGGACAUCACUUUUUUCAUGCAGAGCUCCUAUUCUUUGGAUACCUUCCGUUCUGCCUGUUCUCGAUCAUGAUCCUCUCCGCGAACACCUCCCUCUCACAACCAGUCAUCCUGGCAAUGGCUCUUGUGUUUGGCAUCCCUGGAGGCCUGAUGUGGGUGGCCCUCUGGUGGCGCUGGGGCUACGUCCUUCCUAUCAUGAUGUGGGUUUCCUUGACUCUGGGCUUCCUCCUGUCUGCGAUCGUCUUCUUCACGCCCUUCGGUAAUUUGAAUGUGUGGUACAGGUCACUGGCCUACGGUAUGGCGUACAUGUGCGGUGUGAUGAUAGUUCCAGUCAUCCUCAUCGUCUUCACCAAGCUGCUGAGUAUGCUUGCCUGUGCAGCAUGGGGCAGCUAUCUCGUCAUAGCCGCCAUCAGCUACUACUCGGGCGGGGUUCUCCAUUACAUUGUUCUCAAUGUAAUCCACAGAUCUUACAUACCUGGAUAUAGCGAGGCUUACGUCAUUGUGCCUAUGAACCCUGUUGAUUACUUCCUCAUCGGGGUCUGGUUCGUGUUGAUCGUUGCAGGAGUCCUCGUUCAGCGCCGCCUCACCAGAGGGCGCCGUGACUUCCCGCUCUGCGGCUUCAAGGAGAGACUCCUGAAGCGCAACCACGAGAAAGCCCUGCGCAACCGCACUCGCUUCGAGGAUCGUGAGCGCCAGGCUCAACGCCCCAUGGAGGACCCAACGGCGACCCUCAACGCGGCCGAAAUGAACGACAACGACAGAGAUCCACUAAUCGUUGUUGAUUAGCUCUGGAAUUGUUGCUCGCAAUUGGCAACUUCGCAGAGUCGCUGGAAAAUUGUUCUGAAAUGCUUAAUAAAUCAGCUUUGCUUUCUCAAAUUGGAAAAAAAAAAGAACGACAGUGACAGAGAUCCACUUAUCGUUGUGGAUUAGCUCGGGAAUUCCUGCGCACAAUUGUAACUUCGUGGAGUUGCUGGAAAGUUUGUUCUGACAUGCUUAAUGAAUCGGCUUUGCUUCCUCAAAUUGAAAAAAAAUGUAUUGUCAUGUCUCUGCUACAAAGUAGCCAAAGGCAUUAUUUCUUAUGCUCUCACAUUCCUAAUGAGAUAUCAUGUAUGUUAAUCAAAUUAUUAGAAAAAACUAGUACACAAGGCAGCAUAAGACGUAUAGAAGGAUGUCUCUUGAAUGUCUUCAAUUUUAAACUUUGGACACUUAUUCUACUUAUAAAUAUUGUACUUAAAGAACAUUUCAUACACGUACCUGUGCCUUAUACCAUGUGUACUUGAACAAUUUUGUGUAAAUAUUAGCUGCGGAAUUCUUGCUCACAAAUGGCAACUUUGCUUUGCAGAGUCAUGCAGUUUAUGAUUGUGAGAAAUUGUUGUGAAAUGCUAGUGCUCAGUCAGCCGUGGCAGAAACUUUUAAGAAUAGAACAGAAAACAAGUGACCCAUCAUCAUGAGUAGUACAAAAUUUAUAUGGACAAUUUAGUUGCUAACUGUUCGUGAAGCUGUUUCUUCUCGUGGAUAUUUGGGGGGGGGGGGAACAUUCUGAAUCAGAAGAUACGUACAGUGCCAAACAGUUUUUAAAAGCAUUUUGAUUUUUCACCUUGAUAUUUUAAAGAAUUUUUUGAUACUGCUUAUGAGGGAACAAAAACAGUGAAUGAAAAUCAAUGAGAACGGUGAGCGGUAUUGCUCUGAAAUUGAAACAUGAAUUUAUGCCUACAGAUGUAGCUGAAAUUUCAAAGUAUAUCAAUUCUCUCUCAUUUUAAAAUGUGUCGUAACUCAAAAAAUUGUGCCAAAUUGACAUAACAAUCCACGAACAUCACACAAACCAUAUUUGUAAGAUGUGUAGGCCUACCGGUACGUAUUAAUUGGGGAUUGUCGACUCUAACAAAGUCGACCAUCUUGCACAUUUAUUCUAAUAACAUAUUCUGUGUAUGCUAUACAUGUUCAUGUGCACAAUAGAACAUUUUAAUAGCUUCAGCUUUAUUGCCUUAUUGUGGCAGCUCGGCUACAGCCAAUGUAAUGGUAUGAUACUCUAUAUUAAGCACAAUAGAGAACUAGUAUGUAGCUGCUCUCUAAAAAUGGACACAUAUUAUUGUUUUUUCUAAAUAAUAAUGUAUAUAUUAACACAAAUUGAGUGAAUUGUGCCUUAACUUUUUAUAUUUCUUAUGAAUAAAGGUAAUUAAAUUUUAAAUUAUGGAAAGAUCAUGAUUAAGAGUGAAAAUUAAUAUUUUAGAUAUGAAGUAUCAUUAUCAACUCUGGAGUAUAAUUAUAAAGAUUUUUUUUCUUCUUCAAUUCGUUUAUCUUAUGUAUAUCAUGCACAUGUAUUUUAUGGUGAGGCUAAGUUACAUUAAGAUGAAGCUACUUAAAAAUUAUAUUGAUGUUCAUGUAAAUUAUAGGAAUUUACAACUCUUUGUUUCAUUAAGUUUUUAAAAUAAUUUUGAUUGUUAAUUUUGUGUAGAUUUUAGGCGUACAACAGCUAAAUGACAAGACUACGCAGGAGAGAACUUUUUGAAAACUUUGGUUUUGAGGAAUUUUUCUUGAAUUCUCAUUCUUUGUUGUUUAUGAACUGAUUAUUUUUAUAGUGCAAUAGUGAGUUACUCGAGAAAGAAAUCAAAUGAUUUGUUGGCCUUUAAAGAACAUUUAACUUUCUUAUAUUUUGCAAUUCAAUACAUCAACAAGUAGUAAAUGUAGCUUACAUAUACAUAGUACAUGUAUAUGUAUUUUUAAUGUGUCCAAGAAACAUACGUUCAUCACAAUAUUGAUGAAUUUGCAUCUCAACUUUAUUUAUAUAAUAUACAUUCAUACAUAUUCUUUUUUUUGUGCAGGGUUCAAUAUUUCUUGGUCUAUGAUUUUCAGUUUACUUAACAUAUUUCUUGGUAUCAAUACAAUCAAUGAUAGAUUCAAGUUUUCUACUUUAAGUUUCAAUUUAUUUGAACUUUAUUACACAUUUUGUAAAAUUAACUUCUUUUAUGCAGCGUUUAAGUUUAUACACAUAUUUUUUCAUUUGUGAUAAGGUAUUUUAUGGAUAUAAGAAUUAGUACUUAAAUGUAUAAUGUUGCAAUAUUUUUCUUGCAUGUCUUUUACAGUUUGUUAUAUGUAAACAGCAUUAUUAACUCUUUCAUUGCUUCCUUAGCCUUUCUGCACAGCUGCUCAUUUGCUACACAUGUAAUUUUGCACAAAAACAAUAGGCACCAAUUGAGUGGAAGGAUUGCUUUGUGUAACACAAUGGCUUUGCAAAUUACCCAUUUCUGGUCUUCAUUAAUUCCAUGACAACCUUUUUGAUACUGAUAUAGAUUAAUUUUGCACUGGAAACAGUUUGAUAUUCUUGAAGCCUUUUGGUAUAUAUCUAUUCCAUGAUAUAGACAAUGUGGCAUGGGGAAAUUAUUUGUGUCGCACAUAAAGAGUUAAUAAGAUGAUGGACGCAAUAUUUUAGUACUUAUACGUACAUGUUUUUAGUAUCGGUUCAUAUCAUUUCUUACAUUUCUUAAAGUUAUGACAUCAAGAUAACUGGGGGGCGUUUCACAAAACUUGUCAUCAGUAACAGGUGACAGUUUUUGUUAUAAGCUACUGAAAUCCUUGCGUCUGGUUGGUUAUCAGCAGAUUUGUCACUGAUAUUUGUCAUUUGUCAUUGAAAAAAGGCUUUGUGAAACGGGUCCCUAUUGGGCAGUGUAAACAUGUGUCAAGGCAGUAGUGAAUUCAUAUGCACAAUGCAAUCAAUUUUAUUUUCACAUUUUUGAACUACUUUAAUACUAAGUGCUUCCAUCUUGUAAUAAUGAUUGGACAUUAAAGCUUCGAAUUUAAAUGUGCCAAAAGUUAUAUCCGGUAAUAAGAAAAUCGCCUUUUCUUUCUCCCCUCCCUCUCUCUCUUCCUUCUUUUUCUCUUCACCCCUCCUUAUCUCUGUCUAUCUAUCUGUAUCCCUUCCCCCCCCCCCUCUCUCUCAUUCUAUCCACAAUCCCCCAUCUCCACCUAUUUAUAAUUCACCCCCUCUCUCUCUCAUUUCUCUCUUCAUUUUUCAUCACUCGUAUCCACGGCCAUCAUUACUUGCCAAAUACAGUAACUAGUGUUGUUCUUAGAAGCCACCCCUCCCUCUACAUCUCGUUCUCAAGUAAUUUUGAUCUCAUACAGAUGACCAUCAACUCGACCUAUGUAGAAUAUGUAUGUUGCUCAACAGUUUAUACCGAGCCUGCAGCACUGAUUUUCUUGGACCCAUUCCAUUCCAUUUCAUAUUUUCUCCACAGAGAACUAUUUUAUUGUUGUCUUUGCUCUAUAUAACAAGUAUUUUAAUCUCUCUUAACUUUAAUUGAUAACGUUGUGGUUCAUAAUGUGUUUUAAUCUCUCUUAACUUUCAUUGAUAACGUUGUGGUUCAUAAUGUUAAUCCUUAUGUUUAUGUGCAUUCUAACUUGCAAAUAAUAUGAUCUGUUCUCUUGCACUUUUCAAUUAACGAUAUGAAAUACAAUCUUUGCAGCAAGUGACAAAUUUUCUAUUAAGAGAAUAUUUACUUUUUGUAUGUUUUGAUACACGCAACAUAAUAAAAUCAUUUGAUAAAAAAUU